AUGCCCCCGGCAGCUUCGGACGACUUGUUUCGCCAGCAGAGCCGGUUCCCAGGUGAUAAUAUCUCCGCGGACGAUACGAAUAUCCUCAAGCCAGAUAAUGAUACUGGGGGAAAGAGCAAGAAAAAGAGCAAAAGCGGGUCCAAGGGGAAGAAUAAGGGCAAAGUGGCUUCGAAGGCGCCAGUGGAAGACUUACUAGAAGGGUCCCCGCCGUCAGUGUCUCAGGUCGAACCAUCCUCCUUCCCCGAGCCUGAUCCGCCUGUGGAGCCUCCGGAUAACAAUAUCAACAUCGUUUCGCCGGUUCUCGAUGCCCUAGAGUCACUCAGGGACACAACCGAGCAGGACUUUGCGUCACGAACGAAUACAUGGGCGAAGUCUAUUCCAUUUGGGAAAAGCCCCCCAAACGAUGGUUUCGAGGACGAUCUCACCAGCGGUUCGCCCUUUGGCGGUUUCCUAACAACCCAAGACAAGGGCGGGUUCAGCAACCCUUCUUCUGCCUCUCCCCCUCCAAGGACAAGGCCCCUGAGCUACGGAAAUGGCUACUCUAGCAGCGCCUUUUCUCGGCAGCAGUCUGUGGACAGGCAUAAGAGCCAUUCCGUCAACAGCCCAUUCAGCGACCGAAUACCCCCUCCUCAUUUACCGCAGGCCCAUUUCUACCGAGCCCCGGAGGUUGAUAUCCCGUCUCUAUCAGGCCAAACACGGUCGCCCGUUGACGGGCAGUAUUCAUUUUGCGCGUUUGACACAAUCUCCAGCCCUUCGUUCAAACCAUCCAGGACAGGCGGUAUCGUUCUUUUGGUUGGUACGGACGGUGCGUUGGAGGUACUGGCCGUCGAGGACCGGAAGACUCGCCUGCUUGGGAAAUUAAAUGGUUUGAAUGGAAGGGUUGUUGAGGCAAAGGUGUUACCAGGCGUUGACUCCACCCCUGCCUCCGUCUCCCGACCUCAUGUUGCUGUCAUAGUUCACGGACCAUGCAACCCAGCUGAAGAUGAUGGUCGCGCGUCGUCCACUGGUUCUGAUGCAAAUGAUAUAUCUGUAGCCACCGGGCGAUAUCCGGGUGCUGAGAAGCGCCAGAACAGGGAUGACACCCGCUUCUAUCAAACGAGAGUUGAGGUGUAUUCUCUCCGAACCGGAGGACACAUCACGACACUGUUCGCAACGAACCCUACCCCGUGCUUUGAGAACCUGCCUGGACUAGCGAACUAUGCUCCCUCACCAUCCGGAAAUCUGAAGCUCCUCGCCAGUGGUAGCUAUCUUGUGCUAGCGUCUGGUAUCAGUGGAGAGGUGUAUAUUUAUAGUAUGAGUACGUACCAGUGCCUAGGCAAAACCUGGACAGGAAUUCAGUCACGAGAGGCGAGACGGUACUCAACCUCGUCGAGCUCAACUGAUCCGGAUGGAUCUCGAAAUGACUCACCUCAUGGGGCCACCAGAGCCGAUACCCCAAUACUUGCACUCAAGGGAAGGUGGCUCGCGAUAGCGCCCCCAUUUGCAACAUACCGUGCAUCUAUCAAUGGGUUGGUGCCGGCCCCUUUAGUGCAGGGGAAAGUCUAUGGGCUUGAGACUCGUAGUCCGCCGUCUCGACCGGCAACUACCUGUGUAACCGACGUUGGUGAGGGAGAGAGCCUUCUCGACAAGGUAGCCAGGGGUGUUGCACAGGAGUUUGUACGAGGCGCUCGCUGGAUGAGUGAUCAAGGCUUACAAGCGUGGAACAAUUACUGGAAUAAGGACCAGCAGCAGAAUUCCCAACAACGUCGUUCUCAAGUCAUGGACUUUCCGCCGCAGGGAUUCAACGCUUUCCCACCAACGCAUGCUCAGGAAACCCAAACCGCUUCGCCAGCUGAGCCAGAUCUUGUCUCAAUCCUGGAUCUCAAGAGACUCGAGGACGGCGGAGAUACAAAGAGCGCGAUUCUCUUCAAUCCUGUCGCCACGUUCCAAGUGCCGAAUGGCUGUAGCUUUCUCUCCUUCUCGCCUAGUGGCUUGUUGCUCUUGACUGCCAGCAAGAAAGGCGAUGUUCAAUACGUAUGGGAUCUCAUGCAAGCCAAGUUUUGCCGUGCAGGGGUCUUUCUCGCUGAAGACUCGGCUGGGGUAUCUGCGAAUGUGCGUCAGGUUGCACGGUAUUCUCGUUUGACAGAGUCACAUAUCGUGGAUGUGAUCUGGUGUCCACCUUCUGGAGAACGCCUCGCCGUUAUCACUCUCAAGGGCACAGUGCAUGUCUUUGACCUUCCGCGCAAUGCUUUCCAGUGGCCUCCUUUCCGUAGAGCUCGAUCUUCGCGCAGAAGGCAGCCGCCGGCUGAACACCCCACGGAAGAGUUAACUGUGCGAACGACGAAUACGAGUGCGCUUUCCUCAGCGAUCAAGCUUGUUGGGGGGAAGACGCAGCCUAUCCUAGAGGCCGUCAGGGGCCGCGCACCAUCUGCUGGCUCUGCAUUCCCCGCCAUGAAUGGAUUUGCCAUCCCUGCUGCUGCCGGGAUGGGUGGCAAGGCGGUUGCUGCCGGACUUAGCAAGUCAAUGGGAGCUGCCGCGAGUGGCACUGUCAAUACUUUGCGGCAUGUGGGUGAAAACAGGCUACACAUCUCUGGUUUCACUCGCGAACCUGCCGCGUCUCGUGUCACUUGGAUCAUCUACAAGGGUCAGCCUUUCUUAGCUCUGGUGGCCAACGGUUAUUUCCGGCUGUACCGAAUCAAGAGAUCCAUGCUGUCAAAUAAAUCACGACAGCCGCAGUCAGUGAUUGGUUCGAAAGAGCUCGAGUUCCGGCUACCUUCGAAUUUGUCAAGCCCUUGUGGGCCUAUGGGUAUCAGCAACUUUAACCCGGAACUGACUGUUCACGCAUCCCUGGCGCUACCAUCGAACAAUUCACGACCGUCCGCGUCAACAAAGCUCAAAUGCCAGCCACUUUCGCAAGCUGAGCUCGAAACCAAUGCCCCAUACCAACCAUUCCAUACGGACCAGAGGGUCAACCUGUUUACCUACUCUGAAACGGGAGAGGCAGGUGGCUCUACAGGCCCAGUCCCUACGGGUCAGUGGGUCUUUGGUGAUAGCAUCCCGAUGUCCAAAUUACACGUCCGUCGAAUUAGUACCGGAAGUGAGGAUGACGGCCUUGAUGUGGCACAUGAGCAUCAGCAGGGAUUUAGCGGAGGAAUCGAGAACUUGAUCAGCCUGGGCAACAGUACUAACAACGUUGAAGAGGUGGUCAUCACUACAAGAAGGAAGAAGAAACACUCACUAUCGCAGCAUCAAGCUAGCGGCGAGGACGGGUUCUUCGAAGAUGACUGUGAGGUGCUAGAUUUCGCCGUUGAUCGGGUCUGA